AUGUGUGAGGAGUACAAACUGGCAUUUGUUAUCUGUGUAUUUACAUAUUUACAAGUCUUUAAGUCUAGCAAAACUGUAUUUCCUUCUCUUUGUCUUCCAGUACCUUUGUUGUGUUAUGUGUGUGUAUUUCCUUCUAUCUCUCCUCUGGACUGUCGUAAGUUCCCAAUUAAGUUUCCACCAGGUCGGCUUUGUUUUUCAUGCAAAGCUAUAGGACAGAGAGGUAUGUUGUAUGAGAAGAGUGUUUCUCCUGCCCUGUGUGGUUUAGAGAAGUUUGCCAUGGGAUUAAACUUCACCUUCACCAGGACAAAUCUGUGCAAUGGCAUAUCGACCAAUUCUGCUUUCUUCUUGUCUGCUGUCAGUUCUUCUGACAUAGGUUAA